GCACUUCUACGCUUGACUACGUGGGGACUCGGAGGCGCCCAGAAAAAUGAAGCCGACCCAACCCUGGCCCGAGGGACGCUCCAGGGCGGCGGAGCAGGGAGGGCCGGGCCACCGCUCGCUGUAACGUGAGCCAGGCUGCGGCGAAGGGCGGCGGGGGCCAUCCAGGGUUGACUCCGGGAGCAGCGCGACAGGAGCCAGACAGCGCUUCGUCCUCCCGGGCGAGGCCGGCCGGCGUCCCCGAGGUGGAAGAGCAGCAGAACUUCCAAGGUCGCGGAGAGACGCCGGGGAAGGACCUCUGUGCAGUUGGAAGGGCAGGGUCCUCAGGACCCGCGCGGCCCAGGAGAGGGGCGGGACCCGGAGCCACAGCCGGUGUCCACUCGGGAAUCUUCGGCCGACGCUCGGCAAUCCCCUUCACCUCCGGCCUGGGCCGCGGGUACGGGGCCGAUCCGGAAACAGCCGAGCGGAUCCGGAAACAGCCGAGAGGACCCGGAAGCGGCCAGCGCCGUCACCAGGGAGUGCGGGAAUCCGCCGUUUGCACUGAGGUAAUGGCGGCAGCUGCGCCGGCGGCCGCGAGCGAGGACGGGCGGCUGCUGCGGCCGGGGGCCGCCAUGGACCCCCAGUCCCUUGAAGGUGUAAAGGUUGAGACCGAGUCAGGUGAGCUCAGCCGGCUUCGGGCUGAGCUGGCAGGCGCCCUGGCAGAAAUGGAGACCAUGAAGGCGGUGGCGGAGGUGAGCGAAAGCACCAAAGCCGAGGCUGUGGCUGCAGUGCAGCGGCAGUGUCAAGAGGAGGUGGCCUCGCUGCAGGCCAUCCUGAAAGACUCCAUCAGCAGCUAUGAAGCCCAGAUCACGUCCCUGAAGCAGGAGCGGCAGCAGCAGCAGCAGGACUCUGAGGAGAAGGAGCGAGAGCUGGGCCAACUGAAGCAGCUGCUGGCCCGGGCCCACCCCCUGGACUCCUUGGAGAAGCAGAUGGAAAAGGCCCACGAGGACUCUGAGAAGCUGCGAGAGAUUGUGCUGCCCAUGGAGCAGGAGAUCGAGGAGCUCAAGGCAAAGCUUCUGAAGGCGGAGGAGCUGAUUCAAGAGAUCCAGAGACGUCCCCGGCACCCCCCUUCCCUGCACGGCUCCACGGAGUUGCUGCCGCUGUCCCGGAACCCAUCUCCGCCCCUGGAGCCCCUGGAGGAGCCGAGUGGCGAUGGGGGCCCAGCCGCCGAGGCCUUCGCCCACAACUGUGACGACAGCGCCUCCAUCUCCUCCUUCUCCCUCGGCGGAGCUGGCAGCAGCGCCUCCCUGCCCCGCAGCCGCCAGGGCCUGAGCCCCGAGCAGGAAGAGACGGCCUCCCUGGUGUCCACGGGCACCCUGGUCCCUGAGGGCAUCUACCUGCCCCCUCCUGGGUACCAGCUGGUCCCAGACAAUCAGUGGGAGCAGCUGCAGGCCGAGGGCCGGCAACUGCAGAAGGACCUGGAGAGCGUCAGCCGCGAGCGGGAUGAACUGCAGGAGGGCCUGAGAAGGAGCACCGAGGACUGCGCCAAGCAGAUGCAGGUGCUCCUGGCCCAGGUCCAGAACUCAGAGCAGCUGCUUCGGACCCUGCAGGGGACCGUGAGCCAGGCCCAGGAGCGGGUGCAGCUGCAGAUGGCAGAACUGGCCACCUCUCACAAGUGCCUGCACCAGGAGGUAAAGCGGCUGAAUGAGGAAAACCAGGGGCUCCGGGCUGAGCAUUUGCCCUCUUCAGCCCCCCAGAGCCUGGAGCAGCUGGAGGGCGAGGACGAGUCACUGCCCAGCUCCGUGCAGGAGCUGCAGCAGCUGCUGCACCGCACGCGGCAGGAGGCGCGCGCCCGGCUGCAGGCCCGGGAGCACGAGGCCGAGCGCCUGCGGAUUGAGAUCGUUACUCUGCGGGAGGCCCUGGAGGAGGAGACGGCGGCCAGGGCCAGCCUGGAGGGGCAGCUGCGGGUGCAGCGGGAGGAGACAGAGGUGUUAGAGGCCUCCCUGUGUAGCCUGAGGACCGAGAUGGACCGGAUCCAGCAGGAACAGAGCCAGGCCCAGCGCCAGGAAGGCCUCCUGCAACAGCCAGGCUCUGGCCGGACAGAAGAGGCCCAGCUCAAAGACCUCCUCUCAGAGCAGAGGGCCAAGGUGCUGCGGCUGCAGGCUGAGCUGGAGACCAGCGAACAGGUGCAGAGGGACUUCGUGCGACUGUCCCAGGCCCUGCAGGUGCGCCUAGAGCGGAUCCGCCAGGCUGGGACUCUGGAGCAGGUGCGCUGCAUCCUGGAUGAGGGAUCCCUCAAGGAUGUGAGGGACAUCAAGGACACCUGAGGGGCCCGGCGAGAACCAUCGCUCCCCGCUUCCACCCCCCCUGGGGAAGACUGCCUUCCUCCAGUCCAGACCCUGAGGCCUGGGCUUUGGGGUGUCAGGACGGAGCUCUCACCCUCUCCAAGCUUGGGAUUGGGGUGCCAGGGCCACCACUGCCCAGCGCCUCCUCCCAGAGUGGCUGGGCCUUCUGCUCUCAGGGAUGACACCGCCCCCUCCUGGAACCAAAGGGCAGGCUGAACCCUGCGGCUCUCUGGCUGCCGUGCUGCCUCCAGCGCCCCCGCUGGCCAACAGCCACGCUGGCACAGUCCGUCCCCGUCUGUCCCGAGGCACAGCCGAGCUGUGUGGUGGCUGGCAGCCUCUGUCAGCAUCAGUGGGUCCCUCAUGCACACCCUGAGACAGGCAGCUGCUUUCUGGACGCAUGACACUAAGACGCUUGUCCACGGGGCCUGACGCAGGCCUCGAGACGUGCACGGAGGCGAGGCCAGAAUUUUCUGUCAUUUAUUUUCAAUAAAUAAGCAGCUCAGCUCA